UAACUGAAGAGAAAAAUCACAGAAUUUUUUUACGGAAGUAAAAUUUUAUUUAAAAGUAUUAAAUUUAUAAAAAAAAUUAAAUAAAAAUAAGUACAACCAAUUAAAAAACAACCAAGAAAUGUUUAUAUAUUAAAAUAAUAACAUCAAAUCAAUACAUAUAAAAAUGAUUAUAUUAAAAAUAUUAACAACCUUGUGCUGUCUGGUGUUGGCCUCGAAGGCUCAACUUUUAGAUCAGGCCUCAGUGGGAGAAUUGUAUACCUUUAAAAUUGAACCCGUUAUGUUUAACUGGACACAUCAAGUGAUUAAUGAACAAUUUCGUUAUACACCCUCUUUGAAAUCCUAUCCAGAUUUACCAUCUUGGAUGCGUUAUAUGUAUAGUCAGGAACAUCAUGCUGGUUUUCUAUAUGGUACCCCACCCGCCGAAUUAGCCGCCAAGACAAUUACCUUGGAAAUUGUCGCAUUAAAUAAACAAAACUAUGAAACAAGACGUUCGGAGUUAUUGUUAAAAAUUCAAUCGAAAUUUCAUGCCCCCAAUGUGGUGCAAAUGAAAAUUGAUAAUUUAAAUUGGGUACAUUUAAUGGAUCCCGGCAGAGUAGAGAAUUUACGUAAUAUUUUCCGUAAAGAUUUGUGGCCAGAAAGUGAUGCCGAUUUAAGUUUGGUGUUUAUGGAAUCGGCCGUGAAUAUGGGUGGCCGUUUGCCCUUGAGACCUCAACAGCAUGAGGGAGUCAUUGUCCACCUGGGUAGUUUUGCCAAAUUUUCCGAACGUCUUAAACAGUUACAGGAAGAGGUACGUCCUCUCUAUAAACUGCCCUCUUGCACCUACAAACGAACUUCAGUUCAGAAAAUAUUCGAAAAUGUUGGCUUUAAACUUGACUGGUGUGCUUUUAAAAUGGUGGGUGCCGAAAUUGAUCCUGAAGUUUUACAUCAUAAUCAUGAUAGUUCCAAUAGCAACAAGGUUAAUGCUAAUAUAGUUGAAACUGGUAAUCUGAGAAGACGUGAAGAUCGUUGGCAUGGUUUGGCUCGUUCUGAUGUUCCUGUUCGUAAUUAUAUUGAUGAAUUUGCUUUUGCUUUGGCCAUACCAGGCAUGAUAUUUGGUGUACUAUGUGGUAUUCUAACUGCAAGUUUGUGUUUCAAACAUCAGAAAUUACACGAUCCACAAUCGGAAUAUUUUUUCGAUAAUAUUUUUCAUAUUUGUGAAGAAGAAUGUGUUAAUUCUGCACAUGACUCUGAAUCAGAAGAUGAAAAACAAAAUGAAGAUAAUAACAAAAACGAUAAAAGCUAUAAGGAAUCGUAUCCUACCACAUCAUCAACUGUACAAAUGGUACAAUAUUCGGAUACAAAUUCCCAACCUGUUACAACUCUUAAAAGUUUAAAGGAUCCCAACUGUUUAUUGGAUAAUAUAAGCAUGCGUUCGCAAAGUCCCAAUAGCUAUUAUCAGGCUGACAGUCCACCAAAUACCUAUUUGCGUCCCAAACCACCACCAUAUAAGGGUGGCACCUUGUCUCGCAGUGGUGUGGAUAUUUGACAACCAACUACUCCACGCAUUUUGUAUUGCUAGAGAAAUGCAAAAUGAGUUAAUGAAGAGAAAACUGUAGCACUUACAGAUAUAUUAAUUAAAACUUACAUAAUAAUCAAUUAAUAUUGAAAAAUUUACAAUGAAAAACAUUUGCUAAUCAAUUGCUAUAAUACAUCAUUUAAAACUAGUCAAGAUAUCAAAUAAUGUAGAAAAUACAUAUCUAUUACUCUUAAUUACUAAUAAUAUUCAUAUUUUACAACAAAAAGUUAAAACUUAUUAACAGUAAAUAAAAAAACAUUCUUCAAUGAGUUAAA